AUGUCCGCCUACCUGAUUACAGGAUGUGCCCGUGGCAUCGGUCUGCAGCUGACCAAAACCUUGGCCGCAAGACCAGAAAGCGAAGUCCGUUUCAUCGCUGCCACAGGCAGGAGGGAAGCCACUGCACUGAAAGAACUCACACAGAAAUAUCCAGGCCGUGUUGUUUUCGUGCCGCUUGAUACUACCGACGACGCCAGCGUCAAGGCUGCAGUUAAAGAAGUUGAAAGAUUACUGGGUCCCAAUGGGGGUUUCGACGUCUUCAUCAACAACGCUGGCGUACUGAAUCUCACUCCGGAAGGCAUUGAAAAAAUGGCCGACCUCAUGAGCACCCUGGAAAUCAAUGUCAAUGGACCCCAGCGGGUCACUGCCGCGUUCGUGCCAUUGUUGCGCAAAGGUUCACGAAAGCUUAUCGUCAAUGUGUCCUCCACGUUGGGCUCCAUGACAUUGGCAAAAUACUUUCAAGUCCAGCCGGCACCGGCCUACAAAGUCAGCAAAGCUGCUCUGAACAUGCUUACCGUCCAAUGGGCCCUUGCUCUAGCAAACGAAGGUUUCACCGUCAUUGCAGUCAGCCCUGGGUGGCUCAAGACGGACUUAGGAUCCGAAGCAGCAGAUCUCCCCGUAGAGGUGGGGGUUGGAGCCGUUCUGGACAUCGUGGAACAUGCCACAAAGGAGCAAAAUGGGAAGUUUUUCGACAUCCACGUCCCUGGGGAUUGGCGUCUCGGAGAGCUCCAGCUGUAUCAAGGGGGAGAAGCUCCCUGGUGA